AUGGUGGAGCCAAAAGACUUUGCCUUUGCUCAAUCCACCUCCGCGACAGUUACUCGUGCUCUGCAAAAAGUUCGGCUCUUUUGGCGGUUUUACGGCGUGGACAACGCAUAA